AUGAGGGAUAUCACAGAGGCAGAGCAACAAACUGUCAUUGUGAAGAAAGAGCUGCAGCGAGGGGAGAGUCAGGUGGAGAAGCAAGUGAAAGAAGCCCGCACUAAAUGCCGCUCCAUCGCCUCUUUGCUGACGGACGCCCCUAACCCCAACUCAAAAGGGGUGCUUAUGUUCAAGAAGCGUCGACAGAGAGCAAAAAAAAAGAAGAAGCUCAGCCUGUCCUUCAACUACCCCAACAACCCCCACAUCCAAUUCCAACUUUGCACUGGAUUUCUCGUCCAAUCAGACCCCUUUGUUUGGGUGUUCCAAUUCAACAGUUCAAAGCCCCACGUUGGAGGCUAUACCAGGUCUUGA